AUGUUUCGGAUAACUAAUAUUGUUCCUAAAAUUGGAAAUGCCAUUUAUCUCCAUACAACUCCAUUGGCAAGUUCAUCAGUAUUUAUGAAACGUCAAAAACGUAUAGAUCCAGAAGUUGCCAAACAAAGGGAAAUGAGAAAACGAAGAAAACUUGAAAAAGAGAUUCGUUUGUUAAAAAAAGAAGCUAAAAAAUUUAAACCCAUAGAAGAACUUAGUAUUAUUGAUGAAGAAAAAAUUAAAAAUAUCAAAGAACGGCAACGUAAUUUGGAAUCACCCUCCAAGGAUUGCUUGAAAAAUGAGGUAAUUCUUAGAAAAAAGUAUAAUGCUUUACAAAAUAAAUUAUGGAGAAUAGAUGAUACAUGGAUUAGUAAUACCCUUAAUGCACAAGAAAUUGCGCUAGAAAGAUUAAAAAUUUUAUCACCAGAGCUUUAUGCUUCUGCUAUCAAAAUUGACGAUGGUAUUAUUAAAUAUAAUUUUCAAGGCCCACCACUAGUUCAAUUCCAUAAAGAAUACAAAGCUCCAGAUGGAGAUUUUAUUGAUGUAACUAAAAAAUGGUGUUAG